CAGAUGAGUUAUAGUGGAGUUAGUAGAACCCUUAUUUUAUUCGCCGUGCGUCAUCUCCCCUCUACACUAGUAUUUUUCUUCCCUACAUCAACUCGCGGAUCCAUACUCCGAUAAACAUACUUUGCAUUGCUUUCAACCAGUAGUAACGUCUUUUUUCUUUCUUUUUUUCCAUAUCGUAAGUUACAAGUUACAUUAACCCGGCCGAUGCUUCAUAAUUAAAUCAACAAACCGAAUCUCGAUUGUUGCAAUAGAGCAAGAGCCGCACCUCUGUCAGAAGAAGUUGCAAGCCAAACUCGCUGCUACGGUACGAGUGACGCGGUCGUUCAAAUCAUCUUGUUAUAAUAAGUGAAGCCAAGGUGGCGGCCAGUUCUACGUUGAAUACAGCUACCUCAGAACCAAAUGACUCAAUAACAUUUAUUUCACCGGCAUAUCACUGCUUGCUUGCCUUACGCUGCUGUAAGGACGACUCGGGAGUUACUUGAUAGUUUCCAAGCUAUCAGAAUUCGAUAUCUUAGGUAUUUAUUAUAAACCUAUUACUAUCUGGUUAACAAUGCCAACUCUUGCCCCUACCAACUUCAACAUUGUUGUUAGUGUGUUGGGAGGGUGGAUAUCUCUCUUCGGUUUGGUGUCUUACCUGCUCAAAGAGAAUUUCUACCUUUCCGAGGCCCUCAUUUCUCUUUUGGCUGGCCUUUUCUUCUCUCCCCACGCUACCAACUUUGUCCGCCCGCUUGAAUAUGCAGGCUCGGAAGAAAACUUAAAUGCGAUCACGCUAUAUUUCACCCGGCUUGUUCUCGGGGUCCAGCUUGUUCUAGCCGGAGUUCAAUUACCCAGUCGCUAUUUGAAGAAAGAAUGGAAACCUCUGGCUUUACUUCUAGGGCCGAUCAUGACGGCGAUGUGGAUAAUAACUAGUCUGCUCGUCUGGGGUCUAGUGCCAAACCUGCCCUUCCUUCAUGCUCUCGCUAUUGGAGCCUGCGUGACGCCAACGGACCCUGUGCUAUCCAAUGUCAUUGUGAAGGGGAGAUUCGCUGACCACAAUGUUCCCAAGGAUCUCCAGAAGAUAAUUAUCGCCGAGUCUGGGGCCAACGACGGACUCGGCUACCCGUUCCUAUUCUUGGCCUUAUACCUCAUCAAGUACAUCGGCGAUGGUGGCGCUAAUGAGCAGGGCGGUGCUGGCCUCGCAAUAGGCUUAUGGUUUGGCGAGACUUGGGGUUAUACUAUCCUUCUCAGCGUGAUAUAUGGCGCGGUAGUUGGCUGGAUAGCCAAGGAGCUGCUUCACUUCUGCGAAGAACACAGAUUCGUGGAUCGUGAAAGCUUCCUCGUCUUCGCGUUUUCGCUCGCGCUCUUCAUUACUGGCACUUGCGGCAUGAUUGGCAGCGACGAUAUUCUUGCCUGUUUCAUCGCCGGAAAUGUUUUUACCUGGGACGACUGGUUCCGCUUAGAAACGCUCGAUGAUUCUCUGCAACCGACGAUAGACAUGCUUCUCAACGUAACCAUAUUCAUGUGGUAUGGCGCAGUAUGCCCGUGGCAUAGUUUCGUAGAUAAUAGUAUCAUUCCAAUCUAUCGCCUAAUCCCUCUCGGAAUCUUAAUACUACUAUUUCGGCGUAUGCCGUUCAUCCUAACACUUUAUAAGAAAAUUCACCAGAUAAACGGUCUUCGACAGGCGAUUUUCAUGGGCUUCUUCGGGCCAAUCGGGUGCUCGGCUAUCUUUUACUUAUACGUCACGCUAGAAUUCGUUGAUACACUAAAUCCUAACAACGGAAGCGCGCCGAGGUGGGAUGUAGCUCACCUCAAGGAAAGUGUGUCAGUUUUGGUUUGGUUUAUGGCAAUAUGCAGCAUUGUUGUCCAUGGGCUCAGCAUUCCCCUAGGAAAGUUUGGAGUCUACUUACCCCGGACUCUUUCAAGGAAUUUGACCACACCGGAGGACCUGCAUUUCCAAAUAGGUGCGCGAAUUCUUCCGCGGAGCCGUUCUAGGGAUGGAACAGGAACUCACACUCCUGCCGAUUCCCGUUCUGUAUCUGCGCCAACCGUCUAUAGGCUUGGCGGAUCUAUUAUCAGAGACCAGACGGAGACUACAACGGACGCUGUUGAAGUUGUCAAGCCACGGGAUGACCUCGAAGUGAGCCCGAAACCUACGGAGCAAGGAUCCCUUCCCAGGGCGCCAUCACCUACCCUGCACAACCGCACGAUUCGCUUCCCUGAUGAAUCGUCGUCGAGAGAAUCCUAAGAGCCUAAGAGAGAUGCCAAAACCGAGUCGUGAACUAUUUGUCAUUCUCUCAUUAGCGAUUUCUUGGUCACUCUUUACUCUAGCACGAUCUCCGCCAAAGUACAGCGCAAAGCCAACACAUUUAACUAUUUACUACACAUUUACUAUACGCUAGCGGGACAAUAAGCAAGGUGACAUGGUAGACAAAAGAUGCAGAGUAAGGAGCGAAGUCAUGGGAGCAACUUAGUCAAGUUAUUCCAAUACCACCUUACUUUGGAAGCCUAUGGGGCUUCCUUUUCAUGGUAGAUAGAUAGAUAUUCUUUUUCUAAAAUUCGUUCGGCGACCUAGUCGCUACCCAUGUAGAUUAACAUCAGCUCUCCUCUUCCAAUUAUUUUAUGUUCUGGAUAGGAUGUACCUAUCGUAAAUAUUCAAAGAUUCCUAGCUAACUUCCUCUCAUUCGUGUUUCGGACUCCGGCGAUGUCAAACUACAACAUCGGACGGAUGUCCGACAGGCAGUAGUUAGUUAGUAGGCAGGUCACGGUUACAGUAAUCAAAUCACACAACAACCCGGCUUACUCAAAA